UCCAAUUAUUAUACCACUGGACCGCUACAUCCCGCAACCUGUAUGAAGCCAACUCUACUGACUCUGUAUCCGAAGCAUGUAUUAUCCUCAGUGUCCUCAACAUCUCAUCUAUGAAACUUUGCGGGUCUUCCUCUAGUUUCGAUCCAUAAAACUCCGGAGGUUUCAGGAUGAUAAAAUCACGGGAUUGCAGUUUGGUUUGAACUAAACGGAUGGUCUAUUGGCUCUGCAUUUGGCUCUAUUUCUAAGGUUGUUUUGUGCCAGAGCAUAUUGAUAUGUAUUGGAUUAUAACUGAGUUUGGUUAACUUGUUUUCUGUUAACAUUGAUUCACGAGUUUCUGCAUAAUGACGGAAAUCCUAGAUUGGAACUUCUUAUGCAGAUUUUACUUCUUGUUGAGAUACAAUACAAUGUCUUUCCACAUUCCAUUCCUUUUUGAACUAUAUAUUCUCCACUUGAAUUGGGAAUGCACAGAUACCUUACUCUUCUUAUCCAGUGUUCUUAGAUUGCCGAAUUUGUUUCAAUUCCCAAGAUUUGUGGCAUUAUAGAGCUGGGGACUUGUGUUAGUUUUGGGAUGUCCCAUUUUCUGGUUGGAUAAACAUUUGGUAAUUUUUUUGUUUUUGCCUUUUCCCUUCAGAUUGGAAAUGGGCAGAGUUACUCUUCGCAACUUGAUUUUUAAGUUUGUUUGAAUUUUUUUUCUAACUAGUUAAUACUGUCUCUUGUGCUAGAAUUUCACAGUUGUCCAGUCUCUUUUGAUGGUUUUAAAAUGGUAGCUUAUGAUUGUUUACCAUUUUCCUUUCCUUCAGGUUUGGGGUUUGUUACUUACAUUCAACGUUGUUAUAAUCCGUUAUUUGAGGGUAUUCCUAGAAGUACUUGUAGAGCGGAUGUUAUAGAUUUGUAUAAAAAAUAUAGAUUUUAUUUGCGCCAUGUAUUUAAUUCUUUAAAUUGUAAUGUUUCUCUUACCGCUGAUUUGGGUCUUAGUCUUAACAAGUUAGAUUUUUUUGCUAUUACAUGUCAUUGGGUUGAUGACAACUGGGUUAUGCAAAAAAGAAUUAUAGCUUUUUUAUAUGAUGAAGGAAAAGGUCGUCAUGAUGGAAAAUAUUUAGCGGAUUCAAUGUCUACUAUUAUGAGAUUUUUUAACAUUUAUAGAAAAACACUUUGUAUUGCUUUAGAUAAUGCUUCUAAUAAUACAAAGGCGAUUGGUCUUUUAAAAAAAGAACUAAACCCUCCGCUAAGAAAUAUUUUUCAUGUAAGAUGUAGUUGUCACAUUUUAAACUUAAUUGUUAAAGAUGGUCUUAUGCGUUUUGACGAUUCUAUUCAAAAAGUUAGAGACGCGGUUGCGUUUCUUUUUUGUAAUGCUAAUAGGGGAAGAAUUAGAGAUUUUAAGAAUGCUUGUGUGGAAAAUGCUUUCAAAAAUUUCCGACCUGGCCCAGGGAGAAUCACUUCAUAUUUUCCAGCUGGAGGUCCAUUUACGCGUAUGGAUAGCCACGUUUAUCCUGACUAUGUCGUUCCAUCUAGCUACGAUUCCCUGCUAGGAAAGGCCAAUAUGGGAGCCAAGAAUUAUGCAGUUGUCAUGCCUGAUGCAAAUGUUGAAGCUACUUUGAAUGCUCUGGUCGCUGCUGGUUUUGGUGCAGCAGGGCAAAGGUGCACAACAAUUAACACUGUGGUCUUUGUUGGAGGCUCAAAUUCAUGGGAAGAUAAACUAGCAGAACGUGCAAAGGUACUCAAAGUAAAUGCUGGAACUGAACCAGGUGCAGACCUCGGACCAGUAAUCAGCAAACAGGCCAGGGAACGGAUAUCCAAGCUAAGCCACGCAAUUGUUGAUAGUGGAGCAAUACUAGUUCUUGAUGGGAGACAGAUUGCGAUUGACCAAGACCUAUUAGUUUGAUUCCUUGGUCUGCCUCUUUCUGCAUGAAAAGAUAAAAUAGGUUCCCAAAUACGAGUUGGGCAACUUCAUUGGCCCACGAUAUUAUCUGAUAUCAAGGAAGACAUUGAAUUUUCCAAGGAGGAAAUACUAGGUCCUGCUCUUCUUUGUAUGCGGGCUUGUCCUAUGUUUCUAAGGUUCUGGACCCCUGUUCUUUUGGUGCAUUUCUUGUGAAACAUCACUGGAACUCUCUCCUCUUUGUCGUUUUGAGUGCAGGCUAAUAGCAUAGACGAGGCCAUUACCUUUGUGAACCAAAAUAAAAAAUAUUGCUAUGGAACAUCUAUCUUCACGGGCUCCGGGGCACUUGCGAGGAAAUUCCAGAUUGAGAUUGAAACAAGGCAGGUUUGCAUAAAUACUGUUGUUCCUGCUCCUUUGCCCCUCUUCUCUCUCGCAAGCUCAGAAUUGUCUUUCGUUGGGGAUCUCAAUGCCAAUGGCAAAGCUGGUGUACACUUUUACACCCAAGUAAACACAGUGACUCGGCAGUGGAGGGAAUUCUCCAGUAGUGGAGGAGGAACACCAACAGUAUCAUCGAACUAUCUGCAAAGUAAUGAUGGA